UACCGCUGCUAUUCACGAGAGAAAGAGACUCGCGUAGUAAACCGCCAGACAAUUCAACGACCUUGUUACGUCCUUCUCUUGACACUUGGACACUAGCGUUGCUGCAGAAGAGAAAAAUUUCUUCGCCGAACGACGUCGGGAUCGGAAGCGCGUCCGAGUUCUGGAAGAUCCACUAGAUCUGGUUUUAUUGGUACAGAUUCAGGAGGUCAGAGUCACUCCUGGAAGGGUUCGGAAGACGGGUUUUGUGUGGUCGCGAGUAUCAUAUAUUCUAUGUGGAUUGGAUUCGAGGGGUGUUGUACUUGUUCGCAGAAGUGUUACACCUACGUUUGCAGGGCACAAGUGUUUAUCGAUACGCGUAAAGUCUGUGACCGACAUAAUUACUAGCAAUUGGUUACGGUUGUCACGAGUGUGUGUGUUUCUGUGAGCCAAAUGGGGAGGAUUUGAGGAAUUCUUUUUAUACGAGUGUUAGAAUUUUUACAUUAAUCCUCCGUUAAGUGAUAAAUGCUAUCAGAAUCUUCAAAUUUUCUCUCAAUCUCGCACAGAUUCGACCGUCAAGGAAGAAUAAAUAACAUCGAAGUAAAGCAAGCCAUUCGGACACACAAAACUGGGUGAGAGCAUAAUCGACACACGGCAAAGAAGUUGCGUUCCCGAAAAGUGAGCAAAGAAAACUGCACAAGCAUAUGAAUACAUCGAUAGGCCGACAUCAUUUAUUGAAACAUAAAAUCGAAUCAUUGAGCCACGAAUCAAUUAAGUAAAAACAAAAACUCAAAUCGACCGAGCAAAAAUGCGAAGCCCUAGCCUCGAUGCCCACAACGCCUCCGCCACCGACGACGAUCCUUCUAGAUCCAUUGAUCCAGACUGCAACCCUUACCGGAAGCCCACCGAGCCCCAAAAUCAACUGCAACAGUCCUCGCUGACCGUCGCUAGCCAUCUGUUCGGUGCCUGGGUGCACAGUACCGUCAUCACAGUGACUGCAAUUCUAAUCGGAUUAUUUAUUGAGCUACGAAACUGUGUAGCUUCCAUGAGUACCCCGGGCGAUCCGUCGGCAUCCGGUGGAGGACCUGACAGGCCGUGUGGAAUCACAUCACUGCUACCGAUUGGCAUGUCGUGUCGUGGGCGUGCCGAAGCCUUUGCCCGUAGUCUACAGUCGCGCCUGCGAACACUCGGCACACAGGGAAAUGCGGACGAGGGCGCCCAGAUCAUUGAUCAUCCACACGAGAACGAUAACACAUGGAUAUCACAAGACGAAGCGGCGGCAGUGACUCGGUUGCAACCGCUACCAAUGGUGGCCAACGAGGCCGAUGCGUUCUUCGACUUUGGGCUGGAGAACGAGAGUCCCGGUUCGCCGAUUGAAGAGUGUGAAUACACUCGGCUAAUCGAGACGGCGACAGUGACGCCAGCCGAGGUUGCACCAGAAUCCGGCUAUGUGUGCGCAUCGCCCUGCUCGACGCCCCAGGUCAGCCAGGAAAAUAGUCCAUCGAGCCAGAGCUCGUCGGACUGCCAGUUCUUCGAUCCGGAGAGCUCAGAUCAAGAACAGAAAUCGAUAAGUGGCUGUGAUUACUACGACUGUACUACCUCGGAUCCAUCGUCGGCGUCCAACAGGACGGCGGCGCUGACUACGACAGCAUCACAUACAUCUACCUCAGCAGCAGGGGGUGAAAAAGGAGUCGGAACUGCGACAGUAACAGCGACGGCAUCGAGACAAACGAGACGCAAGUCCCAGAACGGUCACCUGCCCAGUGGCCUAAGGGUGGAGGUAACGAACGCCGACAGCGAUAGCUGCUCAGAAUCCCUACCACCUUCCCAGUCUACCGAAUCGCGUUCGCGCGAUUCUACCUACACGGGACUGAGUUCGAACAAUUCGAACAGUACUCUACAGGACGUCACUAUGGAGGGAGAAGAGGUGGACGAGGAGAAACCGGAAGUACCCGAAAGCAGUAGUGAGCUGCGGCAGCCUACACAGGACGAAACAGAUCAUGGGAAAGUAUUAUCGAACGGGCAUGCAAUUAUGCCAAAGGGGACAAUAACACGCCAAGAGGAAGUUUGCGAAAUCGACGUCGACGUACUGCAGUUCAUCAAUGGAGAUGCUGAGGACGAACCUGAAGAGGAGGCACAUAGUCCAAUAGUCGAGAUGACCGAAGUGGAGAAGAAACUACAAGACUGUAGUGUUGAUCAAGAGUCAGAAGAGAAGCAUGAUCACAAGCGGGAAGGAAUUUCCUCCGGCGAUGAGGACGAAGACUUCGUUAGGCCUCAGCGAAUUCGAAGAUGUUCGUCACUGAAAACGGGCAAGACUCCACCGGGUACGCCUGGACGGAAAAAGUUUGUUCGAUUCGCAGAUGUUCUCGGUCUGGAUUUGGCCGACGUGAAAACAUUCGUCGACGAAGUCCCUAAAAUACCAAAACAGGCCUACGAGGAUCUGGACUUUUGCCUGGAACCUCCGGCUAUUCAGGAAAUCAGUUUGGGUCCAAAAGCAGAUCGAGUGCUGGUGCCGUUGUUCCAGCAACCAGGUGCUCUCCCAUGCUUUCUGGAUAGGGUCCGUGAGAAGCAGGUCAAUCUGGAAAAUGCUGCUGUCACUGAUCCAGUGAACCUGACCAUCACCGGAACGGUUCGUGUUCGGAACCUCGACUUCCACAAGUCGGUCUACGUGCGCUACAGCACCGACAACUGGCGCAGUUUCUCGGACCUGCAGGCCUGUUACGUGGAAAACUCCUGUGAUGGCUUCUCCGAUAAGUUCACCUUCACCAUCCACGGCAACUCGGUUCAGAUAGGGCAGCGUAUUGAGAUGGCGAUACGCUUCCACAGUCGAGGCCAACAAUUCUGGGACAGUAACUACAGUACGAACUACGUUUUCCAAUGCUUGCCAAUCUCCCAGCCGAACCAUAUCGCCAACUUGACUGUCAAAUCGGCCAACCUGGAUGCACUACUCAGUCCAGAUGAAGCAUGGUGCAGAAGCUUCUACUAAAAAAGGGUCCUUCCGUAUCCUUCCUUAUAAACCCACCCGAAAAGAAAUUUUGAAACUAAAUCAAUAACGAAUAGCUGCAGCUAUAGAAGGCACGAUAAGAAAUUACAUGAUUUUGAUCGCCGUCUUGAUCCGUUCAGAAUGGACAUAGUUGGAUACUUUGGAAUAGCUUUACAUUUUACCCCAAUUGGACGCAACAAAAAGUUUUAGCGUGUAGUAUUACUGUUUUAAUUUUUAACGAACCCUUACAACGAACAUAUUUUCGAUCACUCCCUGCCCCCUCUCAUGAGAAAUCCUCUAAUGUUCCGCUUUCCUUGAGACGAUCAAGAUUGUUUUAGAAAUAUUGACGAGAGCUUCAUCAGAAACAAAAGUAUGAUCACUUUUAUCACUUUGAUCAAAUUUAGAGGACACGUGUUAGUCGACAGCAACAGCCCUUCUAUUAGGUAUCUAAAUUCAAAAAUAGAGAUCUGCGAGCAUUCUAAGAACGUUAUUGGUCAGUGAUGAACAAUUGUAGUUUUGAGAAGAAAAAAAUUGUAAUUUAGUUUAUUCAAAUCAUGACUAUUAGCUUAGACUUGUAAAUCAAUUGUAAAGCUGAUCAAAUAGCACCCUCUAAUACUUCAUAAUAGAGUCGUAUGCGUGUUGAAUACCAGUCUAUAUUAAUUAACUAUACAAACAACAAAACAAGAAUGUGAAGAGAUUAACAUGGAUUGGAGACGGACUAUGAACACUGUUAUGUUUCUGAUUUGUAUAUCAACAAAUGAAAA